GCCCAAAGAUCCAGCCUAACGCAUCCAGCGCGAAAAGAGAAACCCCGAUGUGUGUGCGCAUGUUUCUCCGCCGUUUUGACGCGUGAAUCAAGGCCACCAGGAUUGAGGAGAUACCGGGCCCUGCACGCUGGACCUGAACGUUUCAUUUCUUUUAAAAGAAACGCGGUCUGCUCGCUGGCAUGCUAUGAGAAUUACCUCUGGUCACCACAGGCUUUGAAAAAAAAAAUACCGAUAAACACAGGUCGUAUCACUGAAACAACCCUUCGGUCAUGCUGCGCACCUGCCAGACCUCCGCUCCCGGACCGGACUGUUAAAGCAAAGAAAGGCAACUUUUUGGGGGAAAGAAGUUGCCAUCAGAUCGGUUGUUGAAGCGGGGGUGGAGGGGGGCAAAAUAAGUCCCUCCAUCGAGUAGAAUCACCUUUUUUUCUUCACAUUUUCAUCCUUGAUAGGAAGGCGAAACGGCGACUUCAGUUGAUUAUCUCUCUUUCCUUUGCUAUCCAAUGGAUAUUCACUGCAAAGCAGACCCCUUCACAGCGAUGCACCGGCACGGAGGUGUGAACCAGCUCGGCGGGGUGUUUGUGAACGGCAGACCCCUCCCGGACGUGGUAAGGCAGCGGAUAGUGGAGCUGGCCCACCAGGGCGUCCGGCCCUGCGACAUCUCCAGACAGCUGCGGGUCAGCCACGGCUGCGUCAGCAAGAUCCUGGGCAGAUACUACGAGACUGGUAGCAUCAAACCAGGGGUGAUUGGUGGGUCUAAACCUAAAGUGGCCACGCCAAAGGUCGUGGAAAAAAUAGCAGACUACAAGAGGCAAAACCCAACCAUGUUCGCCUGGGAGAUCAGAGACAGACUGCUGGCAGAGGGCAUCUGCGACAACGACACUGUUCCCAGCGUCUCAUCCAUUAACAGGAUCAUCCGAACAAAAGUCCAGCAGCCUUUCCAUCCAUCUCCUGAUGGGACAUCCCUGUCGACAACAGGCCAUACCAUAGUACCAAGCACAGCCUCGCCGCCUGUAACCAGCGCCUCCAACGACCCUGCAGGGUCCUACUCCAUCAAUGGGAUUCUGGGUAUCCCACGAUCCAACGGUGAAAAGAGGAAAAGAGAUGAAGAUGGUUCAGAUGGUUCUGGCCCAAACAGUGAUUCUCAGGGUAGUGUGGAGAGUUUACGGAAACACCUGAGGGCAGAUGCCUUUACCCAGCAGCAGCUGGAAGCAUUGGACCGGGUCUUUGAACGCCCCUCGUACCCUGACGUCUUCCCUACAUCGGAGCAUAUCAAACCCGAACAGGCUAAUGAGUACUCGCUCCCUGCCCUGAAUUCCAGCCUGGACGAAGUCAAGCCCAGUUUAUCAUCUAGCGCCAACCCAGACCUGGGCCCCAGCGUGUCGCAAAGCUACCCUGUAGGUCGGGACAUGGCCAACACAACCUUACCCGGGUACCCUCCUCACGUUCCCCCUACAGGCCAGGGCAGCUACCCGACCUCCACGCUCGCUGGAAUGGUUCCUGGGAGUGAGUUUUCGGGGAACCCCUACAGUCAUCCACAGUACACAACCUACAAUGAAGCCUGGCGAUUCAGCAACCCAGCAUUACUAAUGCCGCAUCGAGAGGCUCCGCCCCUCCCACUGCUGCCACUGCCUAUGACCGUCACUAGUUACCAUGGAAACCAAAUCAACCUGCAGGACCAUGGCCUCAGCCUCCAUAUUGCCCCGGUGUGAGCGGCAUGGUCCACUGGACACUGAGCAUCUGCGCAUAAAAUGUUCCCGGCUCAGACAAUGAGAAACUUAACGGUUUUUGGGAUUCCAGACGACUUCUCUCUUCUCUCCUCGCAGCUUUUUUUGGACAUUCAAAGCCAAAAAAAAAAAAAAAAUCUCCAAGGCAUCAUCAACAGAGACACUGAAAGAUGCAACACACAUGAUGAAAACUGUGGGGAACUUCAGUGGUUUCAAAAAAAAAGGAAAAAAAAAUAGAGAAAAAGACUGAAAACAAAAAUAUCCAGAAUUUAUUUUCCCCGUGUAGCAGUGUCACAGUUUCAUCCCAUCAUGGAUCAAUACUGUACAUUCCUCUUCUUGACGGCUCUCAGCAGGGACGCUGUCCGGAGCUUAAAAUGUAGCAGCAGCCUUUUUUUUUUUUUCCUUCCUUUUUCCAUUUGUUUCCCACUCAAUUCAAAUGGCAGCGCAGUGAGAUCAGAGGAGAUUAGCAGCAGCACAUGCCGUCUGUGGGAGGCUAGAAUUGUUUUUAUCCAUCUCAACAGUCACCGACCAAACAUCCAGCAUGAGUAAAUCGAUCGCUUUGAUGCCAUGAGAAGAUUAAGACAUGUUCUCUGUGAUACACAAUCAAGAUGUAAAAAUGAAAAUGAAAUAAAUAAAGAAACAUCAGUUUGAAAAUAGAGGGAGCCAUGACAGUAUAUCACCAUGGCCCACUAUUUGCAAGAUUUCAAGAAACUAGUAAAUAUAUUCUUAAAAUGAUUUUUUUAUUUCAUUUUUAUAAUUCGUAAUGACUAAACUGCAGACUGCUUGGCUAGUGUUUUACUAUUUCUUAUUUGUCAGGAUACAAGAGGUCAUCAGGCAAAACCUUGUUGUGUUUUUUGUUAAUUUUGCACUAUUUUUGGAGGUUUGCAACACUGGAGCGUUAUUAUGCAGAAAAUGAUGAUGCAUAUUUGCUUUACAGCAUUUCAUGAAACUGACUGUAAGUCUAAUAAGUUUCAGUCUGGAAAGGCACUUACAGUUUCACAUACUGUUCAGUUUUUUUAUUUAAUUGUAAUUCAAGGCCCAUCAUGUCACAUUUGCCUUGACAUGCACUACUACUGUAUGUUCUCACAGCUUACAUUGUUUUUAAUUUAAGUUGAUUAAGUCUUUGGCAUUCAACCACAGAAAAAGGAUAUAACAGCCAUCCCAAGUUAAACAAGUAUCAUCAUUUGCCUAGUUUGAUGCCAGAAGCGUCCAAAUUCACCCUGAUAGAUGAUUCUGACGACUCCAAUAGCGUCAAAAAGCAGGGCGACGAUUUCAGCUAAAUGCCUUAAACAUGUUUCCCUCCCGGCUUCAGCUCCCUCACAUGUUUCAGGCCAAGUCAUUUCCUUGAAUCAAGCUGGAAUUAUGGUUUCUUCAUCUGUCAAGUGAAUGUAUUUGCAUUUGCCAAAGACUUAGUUCUCGUCAAUGUUUAUUUACAGGCCGCCUAUAUGCAUCAUGAGAGCAGUAUUAUUAUUAUUAGGAAAAACCCACAAUGUUUCAUGAGGAAAAGUAUAUGUAUAAAUUCUAUGCAGUGCAGAGAUGGUCAUCAUAUGCAUAUUCAGCUGUAAACCUAAAGGUAGGUGGAGUUUAUUUAAUGUUAUGUUAUUUACAAAUUGUUCAUUUGUAGAAGGGUUUUUUGUGUGUGAUGUGAAGACACUUCUCUGUAAAUACAGUAAGAAAAAAUGUCUUUCAUGUUCAUGGGUAUUAUCACUUUC